GUGAGAGGAAAGAAUGCUAAUUUGUUAGUAAAAUGUAUUCUUGGCUUACUGAUGUUAGACUCAUGCAUUCUGUUUUCAGAGGAUUGUUAUCUGCCAUUGAAUGAAUGAGGAUAGGGGAUCUAUAAAAGAGAUUUUCAAUCUCUGGUCAUUUAUUUUUCUUUAUUAGAAAACAUUUUUUGUUUUGUCAGAUGUAUUUUGCAUUCAAAAGCAAAGCCAGUUUGACAGGUUGAGUUUAUAUAAGAGGGAGGGACAAAGAUCAAUAGUGUGUUUGAGCAGUCGUUUAUUUUUUUCAUCAGUAAUGGCGUCUACGAGCGGUUCCCUGCCUGUAGAACAGUUCAUUUGUUCAAUCUGUCAGGAUGUCUUCAAUGACCCAGCAACGAUUCCGUGUGGACACAACUUCUGCAUUAAAUGCAUCACUGAGCAUUGGGACAGCAGCAUGGGGAGUCAAUGUCCCCUGUGUAAAAAAGAUCUUCACUUGAGACCAGAUCUUGAUAUCAACAGAGAGUUCAGGGAGAUCAUUGGAAAACUGAGGAAAGGAGAGAGUCCUAUCAAACCUGGAGAAAUUCCAUGUGAUGCCUGUGUAAAAAUAAAGAGAGGGGCUUUAAAGUCUUGUUUGCAUUGUGGAGGUACUUUUUGCAAGACACAUCUAGAGCCUCAUAACACCGUGGCACAACUAAAGAAUCACAAACUGGUUGACCCUGCUGAGAAUCUGGAAGACUAUAUGUGCCAGAAGCAUGACAGACCCCUGGAACUGUUCUGCCGAGAUGAUCAGGUGUGUUUGUGCCUUUUCUGUUUCAUGGAAGACCACAAAACUCAUAAGACUGUUCUUGUAGAGGAGGAGAGUGCUGACAAGAAGACUCAGUUGAGGAGUAAAAGGGCAGAGGUCCGACUGACGAUUCAGAACAAAACCGAGAUAAGUGAGGAGAUAAGAAACCAAGUAAAGCUCAGCAGGCAAAAAACAGACAAGGAGAAAGCAUACUGUGUUGGGCUUUUCAACGCUCUUAUGCGCUCUAUUGAGAAAUGUCAGUCUGAACUGCUUGAUCUAAUGGAGCAGCAGCAGAAAGCAGCAGAACAUGUCAUGAAAGAGCUGGAGCAGGAAAUCACUGAACUAAAGAGGAGAGACACUGAGCUGGAGAAGCUUUCACACACUGAGGAUCAUCUGCACCUGCUACAGAUUUACCCAUCCCUCUGCAGCCCUUUAAAGAGCAGGAACUGUUCUGAGAUCAGUAUUGACACCUAUAUAAGUGUGGACACUGUGAGGAAAGCUCUUACAAAGCAUCAAGAAUUUCUCCAUGAUGCAUUGAUAAAUGUUACAGGAAUUGAGCUAAGGAGAAUUGAGAGGUUUUCAGUUAACGUGACUAUGGAUCCACAAACAGCUCAUCCUAAACUGCUCUUGUCUGAAGAUGCCAAACAGGCUGUGUAUGGAGAAACAAAGCAGGAGGUUCCGGACAGCCCCAUGAGGUUUGACACUUGCCCUGGUGUCCUGGGAAAGGAGGAAUUCUCUUCUGGAAAAUGUUAUUUUGAAGUUCAAGUUAAAGGCAAAACUGAGUGGGAUUUGGGUGUGGCCGGGGAGUCUGUUAAUAGGAAAGGAACAAUCACUUUAAGUCCAAGGAAUGGACUCUGGACUCUGAGGUUGAGGAAUGGAAUUGAGUAUAAGGCCUGCGACAUUCCCUCUGUCUCUCUGUCUCUGGGAGUGAAGCCUCAGAGGAUGGGUGUGUUUGUGGAUUAUGAGGAGGGUCUGGUCUCCUUUUAUGAUGUGGAAUCCAGGUGUCAUAUCUACUCUUUUACUGGUCAGUCUUUCACUGAGAAACUUCAUCCAUAUUUCAGCCCAUGCUUUAAUAAUGGAGAUAAAAAUUCAGCUCCACUGGUCAUCCUACCAGUCAGCAACCAAAGUUUGAACCCGUACCAUGAUGCCUCCAGGCAAUAGAGCCUUGUCCUACUGUAUACCAUAGAGGGUUAACCAUCUGUACCAACUGAGGAUUUGUCAUUGUAAUAAGUUCAUUAGUUUUUGUCAAAUACAACCACUUUUUCUUUUUCACAAUAAUGUUCAUAUCAUUUCAUAACACCUGAAAUUUGUUUAGACUUACCAUACUGUUGCUGAUUCCUUAAGUUUCAAAUCAUUACUAUUCUCAAUGUAUCGUAUAUUCUUUUUGCUUAUCUCAUUACUUUUAUUUUAAAACCUUUUAAAAAUGUGGUGGGGAAAUUCUCUGUUAGAAUAUGUCAGAAAAUGAUAAGGUUAUUUUAGAAAUAAUACACAGUCAGCUGUCUAUAUGUUGAACUGGGGACUUCUUUAAGUAGUAAAUAAACAUAAGCUCUGGAAUAUAAUGGUCUAGGGCUGCAACUAACGAAUAUUUUAUUGUCUACUAAUCUAACAAAUAUAUUUUUUUCGAUUAUUCGAUUAUUCGGCUAAUCUAACGAUUAUUUUUUAGAUUAAUCAAAUAAAGAUUUUUUGGAUUACUUUAUUAAUCCUUUGGCAAACUUUCCAAUAAAUAAAAAAGUUCUAUUUUCUUACAUUAUAAAGCAUAUCAUACUUUUUACUCUACUACAUUUCAUAAAUAAAUGUUGUUGUUUUAACAUUUUAAUACUUGAUUACAUUAAAAUCACUAUCUUCUUUUAAUUAAGUAGUUUUAAUUUUGAAAAAAAAAACUGUAUUAAUGUUUUAAUGUACUUAAGUACUGUGUUAAAGUUAAAAACAUUUAAAAAUGUGUUUAUGAAAUAAUAGAGCAUGAUAUACUGUAUGCUCUGUAUUUUUUUCCUCCAAGUCAUAUCCGACUCUGUUUUCAGUCUCAUAAUGUAAUUGAGUAAAAGUAAAAAUACUACUAUCUAUUUCUGUUUAUUGUGUUAUAUGUGCUGUGUCUGAAACCGCUCCCUCGCUCAAUCCUUCACUAUUCCCUAUAUAGCGAAUGACAUUUGAGUCCACUACUGUAUAUGGGGAAGACUUGAAUGAAAAUGAGUGAACGAUUUCGGACACUGACGUAACCUGCGUGCGUCUGACAGUACUGUCGCAGACAUUCGACAUAACUGUUAUAUUACACCUGUGUGGCUUCAUGGAUUGCUUAAUAAAAUGGUAAAGUUCAUUUUCACCUUAUUUGUCACGUUUUUGUAUUAGUUUUUAAUAAAGAGAACAAAACAAC